AUGUAUAAUUAUAAACCCUGUUUAUCGCCGAUACGAGAACUCAUCGCAAAACCACACACAAUUCCACAUUUACAUCCAGAAUGCAUUCACAACAUCCUCAUUCAUCUUCAAGAUGACCACCAAUCUCUCUACAACUGUCUGCUCCUCAAUCGCACAUGGUGUCAAUCCACCGUAUCCAUACUGUGGUCUGCUCCAUUUUCGAUAAUCAAAUCACACUCUUCCUCAACAUCCACCUCACAAUCCUACUCCUUGAUAUCCACGUACAUCAGGCUUCUUCCUCCGGCAGUGAAGAAACAGAUUAGACGAUGGAUGAAGGUUACCGAUAUCGACAAUAAAACCGCCUUUGAAUAUCAAAAACAUCUGAGGCAUUUGAAUGUCGAGGAAUAUAUCCAUGUUUUCAUAAGAUGGGCUCUCGAAUACAUCGAGAACAUGAAAACGAUGAACACUGGGAAAAACGUGAGAACAUAUCGGAGACCCUACGACAAGCCGUGGCAGACAAACAUGAAAAGAAUAGAGUCAAACACAAGCUCUAUUCCGAGCGUCAAUCAGUUCAAAGGACUAUUACAAACAUUAUUUAUCAAUCUUAUAUAUAGUAAGAAUUUGCAAUCAUUCUCGCUGGACAACACCAUGGACAACGAUAUCUGUGCUCAAUUCAUGCGACUAUACGAGCCAAUGUCAGCACUAAAACACACCCCUACCAGCACCACCACCAUCGACACAACAUCUGCAUCUCAUUUCAAACCAUACCUCCAAACAGUAAAAUCCUUUCUCCUCGACAUUUCCACGUAUAAAUCCCAACUCAUUUCCCACUUUGCUAUCAACUGCAAUACCAUGCGCUCGCUCCACUUCAACUUUGCCACAUAUACCGGCCACACUUCCCAGCGUAUUCGCGAAACUUCAUCAACGAUGGACCUAAUAUCGUCGGCGUCUAGCCUGAUAUCGGCUCAGACAUCGCUGCGCAAACUAUCUAUUCGUGGUGGCAUUCCUCGAACGAUCGAUAUGCAAAACGCGAUCAAGAAACAAGCACACGCAUUACGCUCAAUCGUCUUUGGAAGCGUCUUGUUUGAAAAUUGGGGCGUAUUGGAUGAAGUUGCAGCGUGCGAAAAGUUGGAAAAGUUGACCUUGGAAAACUGCGGAGAGAUCAAAGACGAGAUUUUGCAGCCGAUAGUCGAAAACCGAUUCUGCAACCUAAGGAAACUGAAAAUUGUCAAGUGUGCCAUCAACAAGGACACGGUCGAGGCAUUGUUGAAAAAGUCUGGAGGAACUAUUCAAGCAAUUGCUAUCGAUCAUUCAUUGUCGGGUGGGUGUGAUUAUCCGUACAUUGAGCUAUUUGCGACACAUUGUAGUAAUAUAAGCAAGGCCGAGUUAUCCGUCAGGCAUGGAGACUGUGUACAGAUUCUGAAACUCUGUCAAUUGUGUCCAUCGUUGAGUACUUUGAAAAUUGUAUUUCCUACGAGCCAUCUCUCUUCGAUUCGACUUCCCUCACUCUGUACACUUCAUAUUAGUCAUAGUCCACCAUUCUCCGCUUCAUCUCUCCGCGAAUUCUUCAAGCGAUCACUACCGCCGUUGAAAGAAAUCGCACUCAUUAAUGUCAAAGAGUUCAACGAUGAGCAUUUAUUAGUGAUACUCGAGUGCUUUGGAGGUGUACGGAGAAGAGGGAGAAGAAAGGGAAAGACGAUUGGAGGAGGAAGAGCAGGAAAUCUGUCUGUAAGAACACACGAGAGCAAACCCAAGCAUACUCUUAAGAAACUUCGAAUAAGCACAUCAGAUUGCAUAUUAGACAAAUGGAUCGAUCGGGCAGAAGCCGUCAUUGAUGAAUGUGAUAUCAAGGCGCAGAGAGCAAUUCGAGUAGGAAGGGUAAUAGAGAAAGGAGAGGAGGAGGAACCAGGAGGUGAUACUGAGGUUGGGUGGGUAGUGAAUUGUCUGGGAGGGAAUGCUAUCUGGGAAGGACCAUGUUGA